AUGAGAUACGUACUAUUUUCUUUGAGCGCGUUAGUGUUCUACACAGUUUUUUAUUUCGCUUCCAUCAAUGGGCUCGAUGCGCUAGCUCGCAAAUCCCUCGAAUUCGGCACCCUCCCCAGCAUUAACGCGCCCUUGAGAACAGUCUACACGGGGAUCGAGGCAGUCGACCACGUACUCGCCCUUUUGACUGUAUUCUUUUACCCGACACUCGAUGGCCACAACCCUGGUCUGCUACUUCAUGGUGUUGGAUUUAGUGGUACAUUCGGCGCAACCUGGACUUUGAUCGUUUUAGAAUCUUGGAGAAAGGGAAAUUCUGGCACAAUAGCCGCGUACCCCACAAUAUUCGGCCUCAUCGCUCAAGUAUUCACUUUUGCCUUUGGGAUCCCACUGACAUGUGGUCUUCAGCUGGGCUGCUCGAUCACUGCGCGCCGUCCUGAUGCAGAUAAUAUCCGCGUCCCGCGAGCAGUUCUCGCAGCUCUGCCCUUGAUCUUUGUUGUCGGAUACAUGGUGCCGACCGCGGUGAUGGCGUUGCCCGCCCCCUCUGUGAUUUCUGUGGACCUAAAGCAGAUCGCCAUUGCCAUCUGGCAUCCCUGGCCCGCCUACGUGUCUAUUCUGACCACGGUUGCCUACUUUACAUUAUCUCCUUUCCUCUCAAAUAACAGCCGGGUAACCAUGUCUAGCUUGCGCUGGGUCUACGCAUUUGCGUUUGUCAAUGCAUCUCUGUCGCACAUUGUGUCAUGGGUUGUCUCUUUGGCAACCGUCAUAGUGCCGGUUCUGUUUGAAGACCGCUUCCUGGGCUCCCUACACCCGACUAAUGUUUUCUCGAUUCCUCUCCCUUGGUCUGGGUUGACUGUUGAUAAUGUCGGUGACGGCGUCCAUGCUUUCCUUCGAUGGGACCAUAUAAUUGGUUCUACAGGUGUUCUGAUUUGGGCUAUCUCGCUGUAUACCGUUGCUCACAAACAAAUCCUCAGCACUGUAUCUUGGCCCAGUCUGCUGGUUAAGAUUGCUCUGUUGACUGUUCUUGCCGGCCCCGCAGGUGCUGCGGUGGAGUUGGUAUGGGAGAGAGAUGAGCUAGUGUUUACCGAGACGACUGGUGGUAGCAAGUACCAAGUUUCCAAGGCCAAGAAGUCUACCUGA